AUGCCCUCAAGCAAGGGCUGGUGCAGAAUGAUGCGCGAGCAAAAGAAUCGGGUCGAGGCGAUGGAAAAGCGAGCGCUUGCGUUGGCUGCCCUCGACCAGAAGACGCUCACCGACACGCUGGUGGUCAAGGAGUACAUCACCAGGCUCAGCCAAGCCCUCAACGGCCCUGCUCAGUCAGAUGAGGGGGAGCAUUCGAGCACAACCACCUAUGGAACCAAAGCUGCGAACAGCGGCAUGUCGUUGCAGACCGGGUCGCUGAUGCGAGUCCGAGAAGCGUGGGAAGGUAUGCGGGGAGACAUUGCGCAGGCCCUCGAAUCCGGCGACCUGCGCCAGCCCGAUGCGCUCGCCCUGCAACGGCACGCGCGCAACCUGGGCUGCCUCGACGGCGGCGAAGCGCUGCGCUGUAUUGCCGCCAUAGCCGCGCAGGAUCUCGCCUUGCUCGAGGAGUCCGACAUGUUCGCCGACGCCUAUGACUACGGGGAGGUGCGCUGGCGCAUCAAGCUGGGGCUGGAGGCGCAAGAACUCCGCUUCGUCGAGACGCAGGCCGUCGUGAAUGAGGCGCGCGCCACCCGCCUCCUCUGCGAAUCGCUCCUGCAGCAGCAGCCGCAGCCGCCUCUGGCGCACGACCUCGACAGCGGAGCCCGACGCCUUCGAGAUGCCGAGGUGGAGCUUGAGGGCGUCAAACUGGCGCUCAAGACCCUCGGCGACUACAUCCGGAAGAUGGAGCUGGUCAAGGAGGCGCACCAGCGCCAGCUGGCGCCCCUGCAGACCAAGGUGGCCGAGAUCCGCCGGUUCGACGUGGAGCACCGGGACAAGCAGAAGUCCGUGGCCUGGCUGGCCGCACGUGUCGCCAGGGAACGAGCCCUGCUUCCGGGCGAACAGACCAAAACGAAGCUCGUCGUUCGCCAAACGCUCAAGGCCUUCCGCUAUCCGCUACCGGAGGCUGUGCGCUCCCUGCGGCGCUGCCUCGAGCCCGUGCCCGCCCUUCCACUCGCUCCGAUCCCGUUCUACCCGACGUGGGACGCCUCUCUCCUCGGAGCGCUUUCGGUGCCCGCCUACAGUGCGCCGAGCAGCCUCUUGCCUCGCGCCGCCGACAUGAAGUACAGCGAACGUGCGGAGGUGGUCAAGGCUCAACAUUGGACCCAGCUCAGUGGCAUGGGCGAGAAGGAGGGAGAGGAAGCCCUGGCCAGGCAGAGCAAGAAGAGGGCGGCCACGCUGAAGGAGGUGAGCAAGGUGCUGGCCGCUCAACGGAAGAUCCAAGAGGAGGUGUGGAUACCAGCGCUAGACGGGUGCGAAGGCAACGCGCGUGGUGCCCUGAAGCAAGUGCCGGCUGUGCACCAGUACAUCCAGCACUGGUGGGAGCAGCCAGGUCAGUUCUCGGCGCCGUUCGUGCGGGUGAAGGGGAAGAACGUGGAAGAGUGGCUACAGGUCAUCCGCUGCCAGCCCGCAGCAUCGCUUUCACCCAUGUAG